ACUCACAUCGCGAAGUGGGGAAAGCAAAGCCCUUUCGCGCAACAACCCUCAACGACCGCAUCGCACCCUCUUCCCUUGCCUUUAGGCACAUAUUCCAUAAAUACACACUCAAAUGGCGGAAGCACUCGCAGACAAGCUCAAGGCAACAAACUUGAGCGAUGGCGCCGCAUCAGAUGACUGGAAGAAGAGCUUGAACCUGCCUGCUAGGGACAACAGACAGCAGACUGAGGAUGUCACAAACACCAAGGGUCUGGAAUUUGAAAACUUCCAAUUGAAGAGAGACUUGUUGAUGGGCAUCUUCGAGGCUGGUUUUGAGAAGCCGUCGCCCAUCCAAGAAGAAGCCAUCCCCGUAGCCCUGACUGGUCGCGAUAUCCUCGCCCGUGCCAAGAACGGUACUGGAAAGACUGCCGCUUUCGUUAUUCCCGCCCUCGAAAAGAUCAACCCCAAGGUUUCCAAGAUCCAAGCCCUCAUCCUCGUCCCCACUCGCGAACUCGCCAUGCAAACAUCACAAGUCUGCAAAACUCUCGGCAAGCACCUCGGAAUCAACGUCAUGGUCACCACCGGAGGUACUGGUCUUCGAGACGAUAUCAUCCGCCUCCAGGACCCCGUCCAUAUCGUGGUCGGUACCCCCGGUAGAAUCCUCGAUCUCGCGGGCAAGAACGUCGCCGACCUUAGCGAGUGCCCCAUGUUUAUCAUGGACGAGGCCGACAAGCUUCUCUCCAUCGAAUUCACCCCCGUCAUUGAGCAGCUCCUCCAGUUCCACCCCAAGGACCGCCAGGUCAUGCUCUUCUCCGCCACCUUCCCCCUCUCUGUCAAGGACUUCUCCGACAAGAACAUGGUCAGCCCGUACGAGAUUAACCUCAUGGACGAGCUCACCCUGCGUGGUAUUACUCAGUACUACGCCUUUGUCGAGGAGAAGCAGAAGGUCCACUGCCUCAACACCCUCUUCUCCAAGCUUCAAAUCAACCAGUCCAUCAUCUUCUGCAACUCCACCAACCGUGUCGAGUUGCUGGCCAAGAAGAUUACCGAGCUGGGCUACUCAUGCUUCUACAGUCACGCCAAGAUGGCUCAACAAGCAAGAAACCGCGUCUUCCACGACUUCCGCAACGGCGUGUGCCGUAACCUCGUCUGCUCCGAUCUUCUCACCCGUGGUAUCGAUAUUCAGGCUGUGAAUGUCGUCAUCAACUUCGAUUUCCCCAAAAACGCCGAGACCUAUCUGCAUCGCAUUGGUCGCUCUGGUCGUUAUGGCCACUUGGGCCUGGCUAUCAACCUCAUCAACUGGGAUGACAGAUUCAACCUCUACAACAUUGAGAAAGACCUUGGAACCGAGAUCCAGCCCAUUCCUGCUAGCAUCGACAAGUCCCUCUAUGUCUACGAGAACCCCGAGUCCAUCCCGAGACCCAUUUCCAACUUCCGCACCGGCCAGCCUAGCCAGGGCCAGCUGCAGCAGCAGCAACAGCAGCAGCCUGGUCAAAUCCAGGGCCAGCAAUUGCCUCUGCAGGGUGGCCCCGCACCGGGCAACUGGCAGACUCAGCAGCCUCAGCAAGGCCAGCAGAAUGGAUACCAGGGCGGCGGUAGAGGCCGUGGCCGUGGCCGUGGUGGCUACCGUGGUCAGAACCGUGGCGGCUAUGGCGGCCGGGGACGUGGUCAAGGCCAAGGCCAGGGUCACCCCCAACCCCAAGGACAAACGUCCUAGGGUUCCACCCAUCUCAUCUCUUUAGAAAGGCGUUGUGGCGUAUGCAGUCGCGACGGAACACGCGACUGCGUUUUGUUUGGAUUGUACAUAGUUCCUCUUCCUUUUCUUCUCUCCUGAUUUUGGAGGCGACACGGCACGAUUAGACUGGGUCGGGCAUCUCAUCCAUGCUCAUCAUGAGCAUCAUGAGCUUUUAGGUCCCCUCACCACUCACGAUCACGAAACACGAAAAACAACUCGAUCAGACCUAUACGACUCGUCGCUAAGCAACAAAACCUUCGUCACAUAUUCGCAAACUUUUGGCCUGUACCAUACCCCAACGGAUCUUACUGGUCUUUUGUUUGGCUUCUUUUCUUUUUCCUUCGGCCUUCUGACGACGG